ACCCUGCUGUUGUCCAUGAAGAGACAGUUCCGAAAGCAUCGUUUUGCUUCUGCUUUCUGCAACGUUGGAUAAUACAAAGAUCUCCCUCGGGACAUUUUAUUUCAACAAGGCACAGGAACCCAGGAAUACGGAAUCUAGAGCUCAGAGCUGGAGUGCACAUCAUUUAGAAUGUGGAAGACUUGCUCAGAACUGAAUAGACCAGAGGCUGUCAAAAUACUAGCUAAAUCCGACAUUAUUGGUCAUGGGGGUCUUAACCAACUAGGCGGGAUGUUUGUGAAUGGGCGGCCGCUCCCGGAGGUGAUCCGCCAGCGUAUUGUGGACAUGGCCCAUCAGGGUGUGCGUCCCUGUGACAUUUCCCGCCAGCUAAGGGUUAGCCAUGGUUGCGUUAGCAAGAUCUUGGGCCGGUACUACGAGACGGGUAGCAUCAAGCCGGGAGUGAUCGGCGGCUCCAAACCCAAGGUGGCCACUCCCAAGGUGGUGGAGAAGAUUGCUGAGUACAAGCGGCAAAACCCCACCAUGUUCGCCUGGGAGAUCCGAGACAGGCUGUUGACUGAAGGCGUGUGUGACGGAGACACCGUGCCCAGCGUCAGCUCAAUUAACAGGAUCAUAAGGACCAAAGUGCAGCAGCCAUUCAACCUUCCUCUGGACAGCAAGGGGCUCAGCCCAGGACAAACACUCACCAGCUCGCAAUGUGUUGAAAUUUCUCCUUCUUUCAUUCUCUCUGGCCCUCUCUCGGUGUCAGGUGAUCAGGAGAGCUGCCGGCACAGUGUGGAUUCCCAGGGGAGUGGGGGCGGUACCCGGAAACAGCUCCGAUCAGAGCACUUCCCACCCCAGCACCUGGACGGCCAGGACUGUGGCUUUGAGCGGAACCACUAUGGUCCCGACACCUUCUCCUCACCUGGCCACAGCAAGGCAGAGCAGGCAUUGUAUCCUCUCUCACUCAUCAAUGGGAGCUUAGACGAAGGGAAAACCAGCAUCUCAACAUCUAGCGCUGCCAUUGGCCGCAACCUGACAUCACAUCAGGGCUACUCUGUGGUAACAGACCCCCUGCAGUCCCUCCCACUUUGUCUGAAGCAGGAAAUGUCACCAGAAGAGACCAGUGCUGGCUCCUCCCCCAAUGUCAUGCCCAAUUCUGCCUUCCUGGACCUGCAGCCAAUCCCAGCUUCUGUCUCUGUCAGUAACAGUGGUGGAUGCUCCUCCCAUCUCUCUCAUGCCUUCAACUCAUUCUCCCAUCAUGGCCCAGUAUAUGGGCAAUUCAGCAGCCAGUCUCUUAUAGCAGGUCGGGACAUGGUGAGCUCAACACUACCUGGUUACCCUCCUCACAUUCCUGGCAGUGGUCAGACAGGCUUUGCUUCAUCAGCCAUCACCAGCAUGGUGGCAGGUACAGAUUACUCUAGCCAGGCCUAUACUCACUCCCCGUACUCCUCCUACAGUGACGCAUGGAGGUUUACAAACUCUGCUAUUUUGGGAUCACCCUAUUACUACAGCUCUGCGUCCCGUACUGCUCCCUCUACCACAACUGCUUAUGACCACCUGUAGUUGCCACGGCCCUGGUCCCGGACGAGAAUGUUCCGCAUCAUUUGUGGGAAGAAAAUGAUGAAUCAGAGGUGAAAGGGAGAUGCACAGCAGGACAGCAACUCACCAGCACUCAAUGAACAUUAAAUGCAAUAGGAAACAGGAGACCCAUGAGCAGUUCUGCAUCAUUGGGGCAAGACAAUGAAUCAUUUCCCCAAAACCUAAUACAUGUGUCUGAACUCCAGAAUUGCAAUGGACUCUGGUGGACAAGUUCAUUCACCUUACUGAAAAUACAGUAAUCACAUGCUGGAAAGGGCUAGAAUAAUUAUCACAGUUUACUUGUUCAUUGUACUGCUGAGCUGUAGACACAGGUAUGCCAGAGAUAAUGCUGGAUGGUGUGUCAGUGAGCGUGUUAUGUUCUGGGAGCACAUUUCCAAAGUUCUUCUGAAUAUCAUGAGUUAUGAAUAUCAUGAAUAUCAUAUGUUACAUCUCAAUCCGCUGUUAGUGUCUUGGCAAUUGCUAAUUGUUUCCCUUCUUAGAUACACAAAACGGCAGAAUCAGAGUUUGUCAUAAAUUUCAGCUGGGAAACUGUAUCUACAAUAAUAUAUAUUUUUUCCUUUUAAAUAUUCAACAAGAUUAGACAGAGACAAGCUGCUUGUUUCAGUGCUUAAGUGGCCUGAAGAAUUGUGGUUAAUCAUUGUUUUCACAUGCAGUUGCAGCAAAUAUUCACCAGCAAAAAAAGAAAAAGAAAAAAAAAGCACAAUGAAUACGACAAACCCCCAAGGAGGGAGUGCCAUGGGGGGCCUGGGUGGACUUUCCCAGUCCUACUCCUUGUGAUGUAGUGAGGUUUACCCAAGACUGCAUGAGAUAUGUAAUGCUUUGAAUGAUCCUUUAUUUUUUUAGCGAGGGGUACAGAGAUCUGUAUUACUCCAAGCACAUCCAAACCAUUCAGUUGCUUCUGAAAGUACAGUAGAACCUCAAAAAUGAAGACCUCAGAAAUUUCAAAGUUCUCAAAAAAAAAAUCAAACAAUAUGAAAAUCAUUAGAAAAUUAUUCUUUUCUACAUGAGCUUUCUGAAAUGCACACGAUAAUAAUAAUCAGUCUAGGCUAGAGCUGACAGCUGCUAGCAAAAACACGAGCUUACCUGUUUUGAAUUCAUAAAAUUGAACUCAUUAAAGUUAGCACCAUAAAGGAUAGUGUCUUGAUUACAGAGAAAUUGAAAGCUACUGACCAAAAAAAAGUGCUAGAAGGAUGCAUGUGUCAAUAGCAAGGUCAAGGCAAGCUAGGUAUGUCUCUUCAGUAAAUGGAACUGUCCAUAAAACAUCACAUUAAAAUGCAUGUUUCAUUGUAGACAAGAAAGCACUGUUGUUCAUUCCAAACUCCCUGAUUUCAGGUGGUCCCAAAAAGCAGUUACAGAAGGGAGGUGUGGGCUAUUACAGUUUUUGUAAUUAUUUCUGUUUAAUGCUCUUCUUUGCAUUAGUGAUAAUAACAAAGAGAAAUUAUGUAUAAUUUGGAGCUUGAAAAGGCAUAAUUUCUUGCAGUACUUCUGGGUUCAUAUCCUGUUUGGUUGAUUAGUUAGUCCAUAAUGCUGAGAUUCAUAUCUCUGAGGUUCUACAGUAGUCAGGUAGAGCUGCUGUAAAAUUCACAUUUUAGCCUUUUUCGUCAAGCUAAAAUAAACAGAUAAACUCUGUACAUGAAAAAGUAACUCUUACUUCUCUAUUCAAAGCAAAGGAUAAUCACAACUAAAUUCUGUUGAAUUACUGAGAAAUCAGAACCAAGGGAGCCCUUGAAAACAUCCUGGAGAAGAGCAACAUCAACUGAUGAUCUCCCCAUUUUUAGAAAAGAACAACCUUGUGCAGUUUAUGUAAGGUAUGCAACUGCUCAUUAAAAAUGAGAGUGUGUGCUGCUGUUGCUGACUGAUAUUAGAUUCUGUUGUAAUUUCAAUGCUUCACAGUGCUGCAACCAAGCGCCCAAAUCCAGGCUACAUUUUUAAAUCUCACUUCCUGGUCUUGUUGAGAGAUGUUACUCACUAGUACCAGUGGCUCCAGUAUAGGUGUUUCAGCCACCCAUUUCAAUGUAAGUCCAUAGUAACAAUACGGUCAAAAUACAAAGUCAAUCAUUUUUUCCCACAAGCCAAUGUAAUCACAGUAUAUGUUUUUUCUUUGUCUAAUGUCUCCCCAUGUGCCGAUUUGUUAAGUUAUUGCAUUAUUUGGACAAGAUUGUAAUAUUUUGUGGAAGUAUCAGGUACAGUUUGCGUCACUGCCAAGUCACUGUAUCUCACAUGCUUAGUGGACGACUGGACUUCAUGCCCAUGUAAGGGUCCCACUUUUGGCUCCAAUUUGUACAACAUGGCGGCACCCAGAAACUGCACGUCCAGGGCUUCAAGACUUUUUUCACUAAGCCCAUGGAGAGUCAAUGGGUGACAUCACAGUGACUUGGUCCAUAUUUUUCCUACAGUCUAUGGCUGCAACUUGAGGAAGAACCAAGAAUUGACAGUUGCCAUUUCCCAUAUCUUCUCCAUCUGUAACACAAAGGUGGCCAGUAUCAUGCACCAAGUAGAUUUAUCCCUUUCUUAGGGGCAUGUACAUAGUGUAGAUGAAUUUCCGGAGAUUGAGAAACAAGUUUAUUUAUAGGGAUGAUUUUGCGGUUGGGUGUGGCAGGAAUGACAAAAUAUGCAAGGGAAAAAAAAGGAUUUGUUUUUCAAAGAACACAUGAACGAGAACUGGAAAUUUUUCUUCCUGAGCGGAUUUUCCAGAUUUGUUGUCAUGCUGAUAUUUUGUAAGGAGCCAGCAAAGAAAGUUUUGUGUUCAUGAUAAUGUUAUUGCUGUUGAGAAUGUAAAUACACUAUUUCUAAAGAAUUAUUUUAAUUAAAUAAAGCAUGA